UUUAUAUAUAGCCGAAGAGGGAUUGUUAGGGUUUUACGAAAGCGCACUGGCUUAAGCCCUGGAGACGCUGAGAGAGCUGAACCAGAUACGCUCGAGACUCAAUGGGUUUCUGGGGGAUUGAAGUGAAACCAGGAAAAAAGGUGAACCCUUUUCACGAGGAUAAUCUACAGGGGAGGCUUCACGUAACCCAGGCAACAUUGGGACUUGGCUCAUCUGCUGAGAAGAGCAUAUUGCAAUGUUUCAGGGAAGAUAAGCCUCCUAUAUUUUUAUGUACCCUGUUGCCUAAUAAGAUUGAGUCAUGUUCCUUGGAUCUUGAAUUUGACGAUGAAGAUUCAGUGUCCUUCUCUGUGAUGGGCCCAAAAAGCAUCCAUCUUUCUGGUUAUCUGCUGGUGGAUGAUGAGGAUGUCGGAGAUGAAUGUGGACUUGAUUGUUGUGGAGAGGAUGGUCUGGAUAUAGGGUCCGAGGAGUCCUCUCAGUUUGAUAGUGAGGAUGACUACACUGAUACAAGUGAUGAUGAGAUGUUUGCGCCCUCUUCUCCUCUGGUCCGUAACAGUGGAGUGGUAAUUGAGGAGAUAACAGAAGAUGAUAAAUCUGCCAAUGGGAAUCCUUUGUCCAAGAAAAAGAAGAAGAAUAGACCAAGUGAUUCGGAAGAAGAUUCUCAGUCUCAACGUCAAAUUGUUGUCAGAAAUAUCAGUAGUACCGCGCCUGUGGAAAGUGAGGAUGAAGAUGGCUUUCCGUUAUCUAUUUCACAUGGAAGCAAUGCUGCUAGCUUGAAGCCUGGAGCAGUUUCACAACAAAAAAAGGAGACAACUGGGGAAUUGAAAAAGAAAGUCGAUGAGGUUCAGGCUGAUAAACAAAAGAGAGAGCCAGAAAGUGUCGAGCAAGAUAGUCAACCAGAUAGGAAAAGGAAGAGAAAGAAACAGAAACAACAAAAAGAAAUGGAUAAAGAAGGGAAAGUUGAUACUGAUGUUGAUGACGGCAACAUUGCUCCAUCGACAGAUAACCAAAGCAAAUCUCAUGAGGGGAAGAAUGAGGAUAUCGAUCAGGUUAUGCCUGAGGGAAACCAGCAUGAUGAUGAACCUUUAAGUAGCCAUGCAAAUCAACUGGAGAAGAAAAAGAAGAAAAAGAAAAAGAAGUCCCAGGAGCCUGCAGCAGCAGCAAAUGGAGAUCAGCCCAUGACAGAUGUGAAAGACAGGAGCGCGUCCAAGGUUGAGCCGAAAGAACAACAAGGCAAUGACAAGCCCUCACAAGUCAGGACUUUUCCGAAUGGCUUAGUUAUUGAGGAGCUGGCAAUGGGCAAACCAGAUGGCACAAGAGCUGCUCCUGGAAAACAGGUUAGUGUGCACUACAUUGGCAAACUGAAAAAGAAUGGCAAGAUAUUUGAUUCCAAUGUAGGAAGCGCACCAUUUAAAUUCCGAUUGGGUAUUGGACAAGUGAUAAAGGGAUGGGAUGUAGGGGUCAAUGGAAUGCGCAUUGGAGAUAAAAGAAGGCUCACUAUUCCACCCGCAAUGGGUUAUGGUGCUCAAGGCGCUGGUGGGAAGAUACCGCCGAACUCAUGGCUCGUGUUUGAUGUUGAGUUGGUCAAUGUUCGCUGAUUAUGAUCGGUUUUGUUGGUGUGCCUUGGUGAAUUGUGUUUAGCUUACAUAUGUAGCGCCAAAGUUUUGUUGUGCUUUUACCUGUGAAAGACAAGAUUGCUUUGUUUCUAUAGAUACUGAAUCGAACACAAUCAAUGCAAGUGUUAAUUUCUAGGAGACAUCCUAAUCUGGUAUCUCCUAGUCUUACCAAUGAAUUGUUGAUUUACUUUA